UGAUUGGCCAGUCACGGUGGGUGUUUCCGCAUUCCGUACGGAGCUGACAGCAGGAGCGCAAGUUGUGCAGAGGCAGUCGCGUCUUUGAAGGCACCUCUCGAGUCAUUCCCAGGGGAUAACAGGACCAAAGCCAAGGGGCAGGGAUGCCUUACAUGCUCAUCAGCACGCAGAUCCGACUGGAGUCUGGUCCAACGAAUGUAGGAGACGAAUUUUCUGAUCCAGCUAUCAUGAGUUACCUGGGGGCGAGAAAAACAACCAUGCUGGGAAACAAUUUUUCUGAAUACCAUGUGGACGACCCACCUCGCCUGGUGCUGGACAAGCUGGAGAAGAUUGGCUUCCGCGUGCUGUCGAUGACGGGAGUGGGACAGACGCUGGUGUGGUGUCUCCACAAAGAGACGGAGUGACUUAUCACCUGAUAGCCUUCAAAAAAGACUGAGGAAUUUCGCUAAGGUGAAAUUCAUAUCUGGUUUUUUUUGGGUUUUUUUUCACUUUGUUAUGUUACGUUUAUUACCACAGAUGAGAGAAAGCAACUUUAAAACUAAGGAAAUCUUUUCUAUAAGGUUUCUGAUUGAACAGGUUGCCGGUAUGGUGGAACCACAUUCCAGAGAUUUUAUUGGACCAUUUGUUAGUAAUGUUGUUCACUGCAGGUGCGUUGAAGUUAUUUGUCCAUAUGAAGUCAGAGAAUGUUUCUGUCAUGCAGGGGGGAAAAGAACCCUCAAGUUUGUUGUACUUGUGCUGAAAGAUGUCUGCACAUUAAAUUAGCAUUUUGUUUAUGAAUAAAUAAUAUGGAGAUCUCAAAUGUUUUUUUUAACAAUAAAUAAUAAAUACAUGCAUUUUAACAAUAAGCAAACCAUUGUUAUCUAAAAAUAAAAACAUUUGUUGCUUCACCUUGCAUAGCAAAAGCA